GUUCAACAUUAAGCCUAACUAACCAAAUGAGCUGCAUUAAUACUCAAAUCCCGAAGGAGUUCCCAAUUUCACUGAACUUACCUAUUAACCCAUCAACAUUGGUGCUGGAAGCACCGGUUCCCACCUUUUCAUUGAACACUUUAGCAGUGACAGUUUCAGACAUGACAUGGGGGCAGGUACAAAUAUCUGAUUUUGAAUCGAGCUUGCCCAGAUAUGGAGCUGACUUGCUGAAUCAAUAUUGUAUCUGAAACACAUCGAUGUCUGCCUUGCUCAGCACUCAAACUAACGAAGAAGUAGCUGAAGAAUUCGGAUAUCUGAGAACAUCUGUCCAGAAUGACCAGUCUCUCAAAUUCACAUGAAGCUCUGAUAUCUGAUCAAAUUCAUCAGACAAAAAAGAAUUUGUAGAAAGUCAAUCUGAAAAUCCAGAUUUUAACAGGACAAGUUGUAUCAACCAAUACCCUCAUGAGUCCUUCACCAGAAUUGAUGAAGAGACAGGAGAGAAGUGCAGGGUAUAUGCAUGUCGUUAUAAAAAUUGAGGGUUGGAGUUCUUCAACACCGAGAAUUUCAUCGAACAUGCCUCUGUCCAUACAUUCAAGAAACCCUACAAAUGCUCCAAGUGUCUUGAGAGGUUUGCUCAAAAGGGCAACCUCAAGAGACAUAUGAAGAUCCAUCGUCGUACUGGUAGAUCUGAUAAGAAGUUCAGAUGUAAUAUUUGCCACAAAAUGUACUCGACUAAAUUUAAUAUGAAAGUGCAUAAAAAGACUCGUCACAAUAUUGAAGAGUCUUAAAAAGUUGCUCUCGGCUUUUAAGCUUCCAUUCAAACUUGGAUGAGGUCUACGAAAGCCAAUGGUGAACAACUCUAAUUAAAAUAAUCAUAUAACGUUUCACUG